AUGUAUGAAGUAUGUGGAUGUUGGAAACUCAUCGUAAACAAAUUAAAUUAUAAUGAAUAGUGAAUUGUACAUAUUUAAUUAACUCUUUAAAAUGGCGACCGCAAACGAUGAUGAAGUGUUAGAAGGAUUUCUCUGUCCAAUUUGCAAAGCAGAUUUGAAAUCAGCGAAUCAACUUACUAGCCAUUUCGAAAGUCUUCAUCAGGAAGAACAAGAUGUAUUAAAGUCACUGAAGGAUAUAUUUGGAAAAGCAAAGAAAAUUAUACUAAACACAGACGAUACGGAUUUAAAAGAAACAUUCGAUCGUGCAUUAAAGUUGAAUUCUCAAGACUACUAUCCGUUUGAGGAGCAGACAAUAGGUGUGUCUCGGAGUUCCACUGAUUAUUUUAGGGCUGUGCGUUCAGCAAGAUUAGAGAGAUAUGCUACUGAAACUAAUAAGUUAUUAAUAAGAUUGGAUAAGUUAGUGUGUAAUAUGCCUAGUGAACCUAGCCAAAGAAAACUACAUGAACAGGAAGUUGUUCCAUGGUUAGACGGUUCAUCGGUAAAGCUUUGCCCCAACUGCGCUAAAGCAUUUAAUUUAACAAGAAGAAAACACCAUUGUAGGCUAUGUGGGUCUAUUUUAUGCCAUGACUGCUCUGUGUUCUUGGACUUGAACAUAGCCAAAGCAAUUGUUGAUCCAUCCAGACCGCAGACAUCUCAAGCUGAAGAAUUAAAUGAGAAGAAUGGUCUGCGUCUUUGUGAACACUGUUCUUAUCUAAUUGAGUUACGUAGACAAGUGCAAGAGAACAGAAACGCUAAAACUGUCCUUAUGACGGCCUAUGAACAGAUGAGGAGUUUGAUGGAUCAAGCAAAGCCAGCUGUUGCCAUGUAUGAAAAGAUGUGUCAAAGUCUUUUUGACGGAGAAACAACAUAUAACCUGGCAGAUGUCAACGCAAUGCGCGGGCGCAUUGGAAAGCUUGCGGAAGGCAUCGAUUUGCUCAGCAAACAGAUAGCUGCUUUCCCUGUGGAGCCAGCAACGCGACAGGCAAAACUGCAGACUGCUAUUAGGCAGGCAGCCUCUCAUUAUAUAAAGGAAGAUCUUCUAUCACUCCGGAAGUUACCAACCGAGGCACAGAUAGAUGAGGUGCGAAGGCAGAGGUACGAACGCGCGCAGAAACAGAUACAAAUGGAAAGAGAAAGAACACAGAGAGAGAGACAGAGACGGGGUGAGGAGGCAGAGACUAGUGGAAGUCGAGUGGAAGGCCCCGCCCACGACGACGAUAACCCUCUAUUAGAGCAAAUGAAUAUUAUACGAGGUUAUAUAAAAGAGGCUAGAAAAGAAUUGAGAUUUGAAGAGGUGGCGAUAUUAGAAACGAAUCUUAAGGAAUUAAAGAAGGAAUACCAGUUUCAAAUGCUCUCAAACAAGUCCUAGUCAUUUCCAUUACAUGUCAUUUUAUUAAUAUUAUAUUACAAGCACAUUUUGUAUUUAAAUUAUUUUAUUCUCUUGUAGAUGCAAGAAUAAAGAAUCGGAAGUUA